CGCGCGCCUGGCUGCUUCCCUUCGAACGGACCGCGGAGCGGGCACGGCGCGGCUUCGCUCCCCUCCGCGGAGGAGAACCGGGGGGAGAGAGACCCCCCCCGCAAGGAUUUAAUAUUUUAAUAUUGCUCUCUGAUUUGCUUUCCUCUACCCGCAUGGCGGCGCGGGGCCGUGGGCUGCCGGGGUUGGCGGCGGGACGGGCGGGCAUGUCCCCGGUCACCACCCUGGCGCUGGAUAUGGACAACCUGGUGGGGCUGGGCAGCCACUGCGACACCCCGAAGCGGAGGGUGGCAGAGCUGCCCUUCCAGAGCCAGCGGUCCAGCCCGUCCCCGGAGUCGGUGGCCUCGGUCUCCUCCCGGGACUCCAUCUCUUCCGAGUCCUCGGACAUGGGAGUGGGGCUGGACUCCCCCACGCAGGAGGACCCUGCAGCGCUGGAGGAAGUCUUCGAGAAAGCGAUCCCGGAGUCCGGGAGGGUUCUCAAGGACAAUAAGCUCCUUAUCCGGAGGAUCCACUCACUGCCGCCGCGGCUCCUGGGGGCCAGCCCGGUCCUGAAGAACAUCUCCCACUCCCGGGAGUUCAAUCACCGCAGGGCCAGUGAGCAGAGGGGCUGGAGGGAGCCCGAGGACAAGGAGGGGUUUGUCUUCAAGAAGCCACAGAGGCCGAGUCAGCGCAGCCAGCUGCCCACUGGUAAUGGAGCUGUGGGAAGGGACCCCUUCGCCCAGAGACCCGGCUCCGCACCUGACCUGCUGUUUGACACCCCUGAGAAGGAAAAUGUCCCCGAAGGCCAGAGCCCCAUCAUACUGCGCCAGGGCUCCUUGACCUCCUCCAUGUCUGAGGAGGAAGAUGAUGGCUUCAUGGAGAUCCUGGAUGAGGAGGAGAUGAAGCCCUCCCGGCUGCUGCCCUGGCAGAGUGAUGCCGAUGUGCCACAGGGGAUGGAGAACCUGCUGACCGCGCCGCUGGUGAGGAAGGAGGAGGCAGAGCCGCAUCCCGUGAAGCGCAGCAAGUGCCGGCAGCUUUUCCGCUCGCCCUCGAUGCCCACCAGUGUCAUCAGACCCAUCCUGAAGCGGAUAGACCGGCCGCAGGACAGGGACACCCCUGUCAAAACCAAGCGACGGAGGAGUGUGGCUGGUACCCCCAGCGAGGAGGCGGCGGCAGAGCCGAAACCGUGGCUGCUGCGCUCCAGGUCCUUCUGCCAUGAGGAGAUUGAGAACCUGCUGGCCAACGACCACCGGGAACUCAUUGGGGACUACUCCAAGGCAUACCUCCUGCAGACAGUGGAGGGGAAGCACCAGGACCUUAAGUACAUUUCCCCCAAAAUGAUGGCAGCAGUGCUGACGGGGCAGUUCAGCAGCCUCAUCGAGAGCUGCGUGAUUGUGGACUGCAGGUACCCCUACGAGUACGAGGGAGGCCACAUCAAGGGUGCCGUCAACCUGCCGAUGGAGCAGGACAUGGAGGAGUUCCUGCUGAAGAAGCCCAUCGUGCCCUUUGACACCAGCAAGAGGGUGAUAGUCAUCUUCCACUGCGAGUUCUCCUCUGAGAGGGGGCCCAGGAUGUGCCGGUUCCUCAGGGAGAAGGACCGAGCCUGUAACGAGUACCCCCACCUCCACUACCCUGAGCUCUAUGUCUUGAAGGGGGGGUACCGGGAGUUCUUCCCCCAGUACCAGACACACUGCGAGCCCCAGGACUAUCGCCCGAUGCACCACGAGGACUUCAAGGAGGACCUGCGCAAGUUCCGCCUGAAGAGCCGUACGUGGGCGGGCGAGCGCAGCAAGCGGGAGCUCUACAGCCGCCUCAAGAACUUCUGAUGGCUCUGGGGGACCCCUGCAGCCCCCCACCCACCCCGGGGCUGCCAUCAGGCAACAUCUCCCAGCCCAAAACCUGCUCCCCCCCCCCCUCCCCCAGCCCUGCUCUGCUGGGUGCCCUGUACAGCAUCACUGACUGUCAGCAGCAGGGUGGAGGGGGUGGGGGGGCAUGGUUGUGGUUUUACACCUUUUUACCCUCAAAAGGGUUUAGGGUAAAACCUAAAGGGUGGUUGGGGGCUGUCGCAGGGGGAUGCCUGGGCCUGUUCCCUCCACCCCAGGCUCUAAGUCACUGCCAGAUUCAACCUUCCUCUGGGGCUUGGGGGGGGGGGGGGGGCAGAGCUGUGGUAAGUACAGGCUGCCCCCCCCCUGCCCCAGCUCUGUGGGGCAGCCCCCCAAGCCAUUGCUCCAGCCCCUUCCCCUCACACCCUGGGCUUGGAGGGUGCCUGCCCUGGGAAAGCCACUGGGCUGCAGGAGAUGCCCCCUGAGCCCUGGGGGGGGGGGGGCAUGGAGCUGAGCAGCCCCUCUCUGGGACUGGGUGCCCCCGGGGAAGGUGGGGAGCCCCUGAGGAGGGCUGGGAGCCCUCAGUAGAGCUUAAUUGGCAGAACUGUUGCAGAAAAGCACUUAAACCCCCUUUGUAGCUGGUGGGUGCAGCAGGGCCCCAGCCCUGGCCCUUCAUGGGGGGGGGGCAGAUGCCUGGGGGUGGGCACCCUGUGUGCCCCCUGUAACAGUCACUGACUGCAUCAGCCUGGGUUUGUUCAGUGUUUCGGUUUUUUUGUCUGUCUGUCUGUUGUUGGGUUUUUUUGCCGCCCCCCCCCCCAUCUUAUUUAAAGUUUGUUCUCCACUUCCAAGCCAGCUGUGGUGAACUUCAGGGGGUAGGAGGGGCUUCACUACUCCCCCCCCCCCGGAUCGGGGCAGCGUUUUGGGCUGCAGCACCCGUGGGGAUGCCGUGGGGCCCAGCACUUGCCUACGAACUGGCUGCUGAAGCACCAUGAACUGGGGAGGGCAAGAAGCGUUUCCUCGGCCAGGAGCUGCCGCUGUUGGGCUGUACCCUUGUGUCUUGUUUACUUUUAUGUUUUGGUUUUGUUUUAAAAAAAAAUAAUUCAUUAACAAGUCAUUCAGGAGGCAGAACAAAC